AUGGAAUUUGAACAACUACACAUGAAGUGUGAUGUCCAUGAACCUAAAGGACAAACUAUAGCUCUUUAUCUUGGAGGUCUCAAUGUUGAAAUUGUAGAUAUUGUUCAACUACAAUCAUAUUGGAACUUAAAUGAUGUCAUAGGAUUAGCUCUAGAGGUUGAGAAACAGCUAUCACGGAAAGGCUCAGUGAGUUCAUCUAGACUAAAAGAUUCCACUUCAAAUUGUGAGAGACAAAGUUUAACAACUUUUUCACCUCCAAAGUACUUCAAAUACAAAAAAUUUAGGGAUAUUGCUUCUGAUUGUCCAAUUGAAAGAAUUAUUUCCUUAGUUGAAGAAGAAGUUAUGGAAGAACCUAACAUGGAAGAAGUAGAUGAUGAGCGAGAAAUAUUCAACAACGAAAAGAUAGAAGAAGUUUCUACUCACCAUGGAGAAGCCCUUAUUGUUCGUCGUAACCUUAACACUGCUAUAAUGACUGAAGAUGAAAGUUGGCUUUGUUACAACAUAUUCUAUACAAGGUGCACAUCCCAAAGGAAGGUUUGUAAUGUCAAUAUUGAUAGUAGAAGCUAUGAGAAUGUUGUUGCCAACUACAUGGUGGAAAAGUUGAAACUUCCAACUAAUGUACAUCUUCAUCCUUACAAGCUACAAUGUCUGAGAAAAGGAAACGAAGUUAAGGUAAUGAAGCAUUGUUUUGUUCAUUUCUCUAAUGGAAAUAAGUAUGAAGAUGAGGUCUAG